AUGGCCGCUUCCGCGCUCCCCGCCUCCCUGCUGCCGCUCCUCUCGCGAGGCUCGGCCGCCUCGCCCGCAUCGUCGCUGCCCUCGCUCCGACCGACGCAGCCCCACGACGCCACGCUCCACCCGACCAUCGAAGCCCUCUCCUCUCCACCCUCGCUGCGCGCCAUGCUCCACCUUCUCAACGACGACCUCUCCUCGGCCCACGAAAUCGCCCAGUCCGACGAGGGCAACCCGUCGUCGGACCUCAUCCACUCGAUCCUCCACCGCCGCGAAGCAGACUACUGGAACUCAAAGUGGUGGCUCGACCAGUUCCGCCACCCGAUCCUGCCCGUCGUCUACGAAAAGCAGGACUACGCCGAGGUCAGGAGGAGCGCAAAGCGGUUCGUAGACGAGGUCGAGGCCCUCGUCGGCGGCAAGGGCCGUGGGGGCGCCACAACGGCGUGCGGUGCGCAAAAGAAGAUGGAGGAGCUCAAGCGAUGGCAGUGGAGGGAACUCAGCCUCCUCGCCCAACACGUGCUGCAAGAGUGUGGCCUCAAGGCGGAAGGGCUGGAAGGCGGCGUUGCCGCGACCGCAGCGACCGCGCCAGCCUGA